CUCAUGUAUGUAUGUACAUAAUGUAUACAAUCUCAGUCUCGGACCUGAACCUGACAUACCUCACUCUGCGUGCACGUAAGGACUCAGAGGAGCAGGAUCACAAUUCGGUUGCGGUAAUGCAGCACAAGCCUCGAAGAAGACCUAAUAUAGUCAAUGCUGCCGGUCAACCUCGCAAAAACAAAACCAGCAGUAGCAUCACCAAUAAUAGUGUAUCGCAACCUCAUGCAACGACAACAACAACAACUUCAUCAUCAAUAACAACAACUACAGCAGCAACAACUUCGACCGCAGCUACUGUAGCUGAAAUGCGCUGCCUUGGAGGUUUAGCCUCAUCCUCUGGCUUGAGCAAAAACAGUGACAACAAUACUGGAAACAUAUCUAGCUUGCCGGAUCACAUACUCGAGAUAAUCAUGUCACACUUGGAUCUUUAUACUCUGGGUAAUUGUCAUCUAGUUUGCGAAAGGUGGUACAGGCUGCUCAGUUGUUACGAGAACAACGAAAUCUGGCGUGUUCAGUGUAAAAAGAAGCUACAUGACGAAAUCUUGAGUUCCGAGCUAUUGUCCUCACUGCCAAGUUUUAAAGCUAAGCUCAGAGCCCACUACUAUGCCUGGAAUCCAAACGAUUGCUCCAGAAAUAUCUUCACCAAGUUCAAUGAUUUUAUGCUACAUAGGAAUCCAGUUGCCCAGAGUACGGAUGCUUGUAGAGGAAAAAUUGGAUUUCGACAUGGAAGGCAUGCCUGGGAAAUCAUAUGGGAGGGUCCACUUGGAACUGUUGCUGUUAUAGGCAUCGCGACUAAAAAUGCGUCUCUAGUCUGUCAGGGAUAUGUGGCUUUGUUAGGAUCUGAUGAGCAUUCCUGGGGCUGGAAUCUUGUUGAUAAUAAUCUCUUGCACAAUGGAGAUACACAAGGGAAUUAUCCUUUCUUAAACAAUGCUCCAAAGUACCAAGUUGGAGAAAGAAUAAGAGUCAUACUAGAUUGUGAUAAUAACACGUUAUCUUUUGAAAAAAAUUAUGAAUUUCUUGGCGUGGCGUUCAGAGGCUUACCAGACAAGAGGCUGUAUCCAGCAGUAUCUGCAGUCUACGGAAACACAGAAGUUUCUAUGGUAUACUUAGGUCCACCUUUGGAUGGGUAAUGUACUUAUGCAAUAUGCAGUAUUUAAAAGCAUUUAUUAACUUUAUUGUGGAAUACUGAAUGAUUGUUGUGCAUUGAAAAUGCCUGUAUGUCGAAUUGUCUUUAAAAUAUAGAGUACGCGUCGACGUUAAGCUAAUAUUGUUAACCAACUUAAAGUAUCAAAAUGUCAAAGCUUUUAUGAAAGCAUAUUCAAUUUAAGUGCAAUUAUAAAAAAAUGUUAUUGUUGCAUUAUUAACUGAUCUAUAGAUUUUGUGAUUCAAAACGCAUUUUCAACAACAUUUAUGUUUUUUAAAAUAUUUUUUGUGGUCAAUGUGAACUAAGUCAUUUAUUUUAAUUGAGUAUUGUUUUAAGCGUGUGCAUUCUAAUCUGUAUAUACUUACACAUGUGAAUUAUUCAAAACUCGCAUAGUUUUGUAAAAAGUCUUUUUAUUGUUGUGAUUAAAAAAAGUUACUAUAAAUUAAUGGAGGAAAAUACGUAAUAUAAUUUAUACACUAAAGUAUGAAGUUUAUAUUAAAUUAAUCAAUUAACGUCACUGUAUAAAAACUAUUUACAGAUUAAUUAUUACAAAAAUAUCGGGAACUUCUGACAUCCAAGUAUUAUGUCAUUGGUUGUAAAAAAAAUAAAAAUUAAACAGGUGACAAGAUUUUUACGGAACCAAAGUACAUUGCGUUUACAUAUAAAUCCUCUUCCACUCCUACAUUCAAUCUUAAAAUUUUUUUUUUUUUGUAACUUUUGUACAAGAUUAUGUACAAGCAAACACCCACCCUGUGAAACAAAUGUUAUUCCGUGUGUAGCUGAAGUAAACAUUAUCAAGUACAUUAUUUUACCUAGUUCAGUCUUUAUCUUAAACUUAAAAACGAAAAUAUUCAUGUGGCAUCUUUGAAAGAAACAAAAAAAUAUAUAUAUAUUUCGUUUUUCACUGUGAGG